GCCUCUCCUGCACACUCACUCAUUGCCAGAUUGUUCUUUGAACUCAGGCAAGACUCUCCAGCACGAUUUCCUUUUGCCAACCCAGCCUGCCUCUGACCUGUCUGUCUCGUCUGAUUCCCAGGAAACCCGCCAGCCUUCUAUCACUCACCUUGAGAUCAUCUUCCCUCCCUCAACUAUACAGUAACAAUGACACGCAGUUCAGUUCUGCCCCUGCUGCUCCUGCUGGGGACGUGCUCAGCUUACACCUACCAAAAUGUGGCCUUGCGUGGAAAAGCAAGCCAGUCAGGGCGUUAUCCAGUCCGUUCUGGAGAUGCAAACGCAGCUAUUGAUGGAAACCGUGAUUCUAACUAUGUUCAUGGUUCAUGCACCGGUACUGAUGUGAUGACCAACCCCUGGUGGAGAGUGGACCUGCUGGAGUCCUACAUCGUCACCUCCAUCAUCAUCACCAACAGAGCAGACUGCUGUGCAGAAAGGCUCGACGGGGCAGAGGUUCAUAUCGGCAACUCUUUGCAAGACAAUGGUGCCGCAAACCCAGUGGCUGGUGUGAUUUCUCACAUCCCUGCAGGUGGUUCUUUCACAAUGACUUUUACCGAACCUGUGGAGGGACUUUAUGUGUCUGUGGUUCUACCUGGUUCAAACAGGAUCCUAACGCUCUGCGAGGUGGAGGUCUACGGUUACCGUGCUCCAACAGGAGCAAACUUGGCACUCCAGGGAAAAGCUUCUCAGUCAUCACUGAAUAAUUUUCAUGGCAUUGCUGGCAAUGCCAUUGAUGGAAGUCGUGACGGUGCCUAUGGCCAUGGUUCUUGUAGCCACACAAAUAAUGAUCUUAACCCCUGGUGGCGUCUGGACCUGGUUGAAACCCACAAAAUAUUUUCUGUUAAAGUUACCAACAAUCUAGAUGAUUCAACACGACUUAAUGGAGCUGAGAUCAGAAUUGGAGAUUCUCUGGAAAACAAUGGCAACAGCAACCCCAGGUGUGCUGCGAUCUCAAGCAUCCCUGCAGGUUUCACCGAAACCUUUGAGUGUAACGGGAUGGACGGUCGCUACGUCACCAUCGUCAUUCCUGGGAGAAAGGAGUACCUGGUUCUCUGUGAGGUGGAGGUGUACGGCUCCAGACUGGAUUAGGUCUGAGAAGAAAGAUUUUCAACAUCUGAUAAUCUUAUUGAUACUUUAAUUACAGUCAUAGCUUAAUCUUCUUUUGCUAGCUGCAUAUUGAUGGGACUUGUACCUUGUUUAACCAGAGACUCUCCAACAAAAAAGUAAUCUGACUUGCCAAAUAUAAUGAAUAUUAACGGAUUAAUGUUUCCACUCUACUUUUAUUGUGUUAAACUGUCGCAUUUAUAAUUAAGAAAAUGUGGAAAGCGACCAAUUUGGGCUGCAACGGGACAUAUAUUAAUAUAAUAAAUGAAAUACAUUAUAGUCAAUCAGUUUAAAUGAAUCAUGUCAGAAAAAAGUAUUUACAAAAAUCCAUGAACUGAUCAGACCUUCUCUGCUUUUAUCUUCUGCUUUUGAUGAUGUCACAACGCCAUUUUCUUUCAAUGCCUUUUUCAUCAUCAAUAUUAUAAUCCAGAUGCAAAUGAUUAAGUCAAACUGUGAUUUUAUACCUUGUAUGAUCAGCAUAGUAGCAAAAAUAUACCUUAACUUUACUAUUUUAUCUCUUAUAAUCUGACCAGGAAGUACAAAUGUAUGUAUUUGGGAACUGCAUGUUAACGUUGUUGCAAUGUACGUUCAACUAAUGUCAUAAUGUAACCUCAACAUAUAUGUACACUCCUUAUUUACUUACAUGUUGCAAGAAUAAAACUUUCCAUUUACUGGA